CUCACAGUUCAAUUUAUAACAUCCUGACGACAUGACAGCGUUUGACGUUAAAAACCUGUGAUUUAUUUUCGAAAAGUUCAUUCAACCAAAUGUGAAAUAUCUGAUAUAGAGCUUUCGCAGAACGAUCCCAAACAUCCGUUCGUUGUUUCAUACCGCCUGAGGCAUUAUCAGAGUCGGCAUUCGAGAAAGUAGUUAGAUAUCGAAGCCAACUAUGAUUUGUGAUAGUGAUGUCAAUUCUUCGCCGAAAUUAAACAGCACAGUUUCUGUUAACAGUGACAAGUUCAACACUAUCGAUAAAAGGUCCUGUACUAGACCGACGGCAAGGUCUUUCUAACUCUGGUGCAUGUUGAAAGAAAACUUUGUGUUUGUGAUUUUAUUGCUGAUUAUUCUAUCGGAGAAUGACCAAUUCACAGGUUUGGUUCAGAGGAGUGAGGAGUUCAAAGUUCAGACAUGUGUACGGUGAGCCAGCAAAAAGAGAUAAAUGUUACGACAAUGUGAAUGUCACAAAGAAUGCACACGAUUCUCAAUUUUGUGCGGUCAACCCGAAAUUCAUUGCGAUAGUGACAGAAGUAGCUGGAGGUGGCGCUUUCGUUGUCAUUCCCAUCGAUUGUACUGGCAGAUUAGACUUCAACGCCAGCAAGAUUACAGGACACAAGGGUCCUGUUCUGGAUAUUAAAUGGAAUCCUUUCAAUGACAAUGUUAUCGCCUCAGCUUCAGAUGACUGUACGAUCAAAUUAUGGCACAUUCCAGACUCUGGACUUUCUUAUCAUCUCACAGACUGGAUAGCAGAACUGCAAGGACACAAGAGACGUGUAUCCUAUAUCGAAUGGCACCCAACAGCCGAAAAUAUACUCUUCAGCGUCGGCUUUGAUCAUAUGAUCCUCGUAUGGAAUGUUGAAAAAGGAGAAGCCAUAAAUGUAAUAGACUGUCAUCCGGAUGUCAUUUACUCCCUAGCCAUCAACAGAGAUGGCAGUCUGAUCGCCACAACUUGCAAGGAUAAGAAGUUGAGGAUAAUUGAACCCAGGUCGGGAAUAAUCAAAUCCAUAGGUUUCUGCCACAUGGGUUCCAAGGCCAGCAAAGUGACCUUCCUGGGAACCAGCGGCCGUCUUCUGACCACUGGGUUCUCCAGACACUCGGAUAGACAGUAUGCAGUCUGGGACCAAAACGACCUAUCCAAAGAAUUGUAUUCGGACACUGUGGACAGUUCAUCUGGUGUUGUGUUCCCUUUCUAUGAUUUUGACACCAACGUGGUCUUCUUAGCGGGCAGAGGGGAUGGUAACAUCAGGUACUACGAGGUCACUGAAGAGUAUCCCUACGUGCAUUUCUUGAACCAGUUUCUAUCAGGAUUUCCACAGAGAGGUUUAGGGGUAAUGCCAAAACGAGGGUUGAACACCAGUAUAUGUGAGAUAUUCCGCUUCUACAAGCUACAUGCCACAAAAGGUAUAUGCGAACCGAUAAGCAUGAUAGUCCCCAGAAAAAGUGACCAAUUCCAUGAUGACAUCUAUCCCCACACUGCCUCCUCUAAACCAGCCCUAACCGCACAUGAAUGGAUCAGAGGCUGCAAUUCCAUGCCAAUCUUGGUUUCAAUGAAAACAGGCGACAAUAUUCAGAUCCAGAUGCCGAAGAAACCCAAACUCACUUCACCAGUUAUUGAACCUCCUGCAAUGAACAACAAUAAGAAAAAGUUUGCUUUCCUCUCAACCGAAACAAUUCCAGACUACAGACCCAAAGAUUUGAUAAACGAAAAGAAUCUGAAGACCAACACAAACCAAACCACCAAAUUCCAAGAACUCCAACAGAUUUUCGGUCACGUGGAAGUAUCAAACGGAGAAAAUGUGAACACAGAUAACGACCUGAGAAGUUUAUUCAAACAACAAGCGGAAGAAUUACGGAAAAUGAAGAAAUUAUUAGCACAAAAAGACAGAAAGAUAAAGGAACUUGAAGAAGUAGUGAAAAAACUCCAGAAUAAAAACUAAGUUUUUCUUCAGUUUCUCGACAAGUGUAUAGUAUAAUUUUUUUAUUUCCUAUUUGUAUAUUUUGUAUUAAAAUGUGAUAAUCGUAUUAGUUGAUUUAGACUUUAUAUUUUAUAUUUGUGUUAUUUAUCAAUCGUUAAUUUUGAUUUUUAUUCUGAUUCUUAUUCUGUCAUUUUGAAAACCAUUCCAGCUAUAUUGUGGAAAACAUGCAACUCAAAAGCUAGAAAUAUUCUAAGCAAAAUUCGUUUCAAAGCUUAUUUUUAUAGCUUGAAAUUUAUUAGCAUAGGCAUAGGAUAUAUUUUCAUACAUUCAUAAGCUGACAAAAGUAAAAGUGUUUCAUUUUUGAUACUACGAAAUUUUUUAUGAUUAUAAUUCCAUGGUAAAAAGUUUGAGAUUAUUGAUCCAACCAAAAAUAGUAUAAUCAAUAGGUGUUUCCAGCACUUUUUACUACAGCAGCGCUUUGAGCUCAUUUUUUAAAGUUAAUGCGCACUAAUAUUAUUUUUGGUGGAUAUAAAAAUUGGAAGCUUCUGAAAAUUAAAAAUGGUAGCUUCGCUUAUCUCAAGCAUCACACUAAGUAUGAACUUUCUUACCUUUUUUGAGGACUAAUGAAAUUGUCAAUGUUGCUAAUGUGAACAUUCAAAUAAAAAUUUUAUUUUUA